CCCGGCCGGGACGAUUUAAAAACGGAGCGAAGCUUCCUUGUGACGGCGGGCAACGGCGUUGAGUUGGAUAAAUUUCCCACGUCCACACAAAUAAAAUAAAAUUGAAAAGUAAAUAAAUUCAAACAGAUCUGUGCGCGUUUCGCGGUACCCCUACAAAUUGGUUCGGAGGGGGGAGAGAGAGAGAGAGAGAGAGAGAGAGAAAUAGAGGGGAAAGAAUCUGAAUCUGCUCUGAGUCUCUCUCUGCCUCACAGAUCACAACCCAUUUCUUUCUCUUGCAUUCCUUCCUUCCUUCCUUCCCUUCCACUGUAUCUGACCCGAUCCCGCUUUUGAUCUCCGUUUUCUUCACCCAUUUGUACAAGAUGGGGCUGUCUUUUACCAAACUUUUCUCGCGAUUGUUUGCUAAGAAAGAGAUGCGAAUUCUUAUGGUUGGUCUUGACGCUGCUGGUAAAACCACAAUUUUAUACAAGCUUAAGCUAGGGGAAAUUGUUACAACAAUCCCUACAAUUGGUUUUAAUGUGGAAACUGUGGAAUAUAAGAACAUAAGCUUCACAGUCUGGGAUGUCGGGGGUCAGGAUAAGAUUCGACCUUUGUGGAGACACUACUUCCAGAACACACAAGGCCUUAUCUUUGUGGUUGACAGCAAUGACCGAGAUCGUGUUGUUGAGGCUAGAGAUGAGUUGCACAGGAUGUUGAAUGAGGAUGAAUUAAGGGAGGCUGUUCUGCUUGUGUUUGCAAACAAACAAGAUCUACCCAAUGCAAUGAAUGCUGCUGAGAUUACUGAUAAGCUUGGCCUUCAUUCUCUUCGACAACGCCAUUGGUAUAUUCAAAGUACAUGUGCCACUUCUGGAGAAGGAUUGUAUGAGGGAUUGGAUUGGCUCUCAAACAACAUUGCCAACAAGGCUUAGCCGACUUUAGGCAGGGCAAGAGUUCUCGAGCUUAUGGUUGCAACCUAGUGCCAAGUUAUAGAGUUUCAUGCUGUAAUACUCAUCGUAUUGUUAGAUGUGAAAUGGUAUUAUUGUUGUUACGGAAUGGAGUUUUUCUAUUUUUUGUUUUAAAUUCUUUUAGUAAUUCUUCCAUGUGUUCUUUGCUUAUGGAGUUGAUAUUGUGUAAAUUGUUGGCAUUUCUUUUGCCAGAUAUCCACGAUUAGACAUUAAGACAUUCAAUCUUUUCAUAUUGGCGAUAUUUCAGUUUAUUUGUUGGGAAUAA